UUUACUUGAGACUUGUUAUAUCGCAUCGUUUUGUAGCUCAUUCUCACUCUAACUCAUCAUCAUCAUCCUCAUCUGCCUUACUAUUUCUCCGAUCAUCGAGCUCGCUCGCACCCCAUCUCUCUAUAUUUAGGGAUCUGAGUUCUCUUAACCAGUGAUGUUUCUGCUCGAUUGGUUCUACGGAGUGUUGGCCUCUCUUGGAUUAUGGCAGAAAGAGGCCAAAAUCUUGUUUCUAGGUCUUGAUAAUGCUGGUAAAACCACCUUGCUUCACAUGUUGAAAGAUGAGAGAUUGGUUCAGCAUCAGCCUACGCAAUAUCCAACAUCCGAAGAGCUUAGCAUUGGCAAAAUUAAGUUUAAGGCAUUUGAUUUGGGCGGUCACCAGAUUGCUCGUAGAGUCUGGAAGGAUUACUAUGCCAAGGUCGAUGCUGUUGUGUACUUGGUUGAUGCUUAUGACAAAGAGAGGUUUGCAGAAUCAAAAAAAGAACUGGAUGCUCUUCUCUCUGAUGAGGCUUUGGCGAAUGUUCCAUUUCUUAUCUUGGGAAACAAGAUCGACAUACCUUACGCUGCUUCAGAGGAUGAGUUGCGAUACCACCUAGGCCUCACCAACUUCACCACCGGCAAAGGGAAGGUAAACCUAACAGACUCAAGCGUACGCCCUCUAGAGGUGUUUAUGUGCAGCAUUGUGCGGAAAAUGGGAUAUGGUGACGGGUUCAAGUGGCUUUCUCAAUACAUCAAGUAGGGUGACCCUCGGAAACAAGUUCGGCAGACCCACAAGGCAUGCACAGAGUCUGUUUAAAUUGAAUGUAUUGUGAUCUGGAAGUGUGUGGAAGAAGGUAUUAAUAUGACUGCUCUGUAAAAUUUACUUGUGGCAGCAAGUUGUUCGUUUAUGGAUUGAGUUUUGUUGUCUCUUGCUGUAGGCUUAAUAUGGUAAAGCCAGAAAAUUGAAGUUUCUGUUAUGCUGUGUCUGCAACUGCAAUGACCAUUAUGAAAUGUAUUUAUUUAGCUGUAAGAAUAGCUGACCUUUUUAGUAAUUGAGCAAAUUAAAUUUACUGUUUA